AUGCUACUACUGGGCAAAUUGUUUCUUAGGGAAGGGGCUUGCGAGAGCAGUUAUCCCGACCCCGUGCUGGCAACUUACGAGAGCAGCUUAAUCGUCAAAACUCUCGUGCUCAAAGUGAGCAAUUGCGAGUGUAAGAUCCUCCAGCUAAUGGGGUCCAAGGCUUUGAAAGCUACUGAAGUUCGUUAUUCGCCACUUGAAAAAGUGGUCUAUGCGUUGGUCAUUACUGCUAGGAAGUUGGUCCCCUACUUCCAAGGUCACCCCAUCCGAGUGUUGAUAGAUCAGCCGUUGGCUGGAGUUUUCAUGAAUCUGACUUUUUCUUGUCGAUUAGUCAAGUGGGCAGUCGAGCUUACCCAAUAUGGAAUCGAAUACCAGCUGCGACCCACCAUCAAAGCCCAAAUACUAGCAGACUUUAUAGUGGAAUGCACGGCUCAAGAGGCAAAAGACAACUCUAUGGUCAUUCCCGAGUCAGAGGGAUGGUGGAAGAUGCAUGCCGAUGGAGAAGCCAAAGCUUUAAGAGCCGAGGAGCUUCGCAUUUGGAUCGACUCACGUUUGGUAGCCGAACAAGUGAAAGGAUCUUAUGAAGCUAAAGGAGAAAGAAUGAGACAGUACAAGGAAGUGACUGAGGGACUCCUAAAGGAGUUCCAAGCUUAUGAGAUCGAUCAUGUUCUUAGAGCAAGAAAACUCGAAGGAAAGAGUGACAAUGAGGAGGAAAGUACCCAAGAAGCUCAACUGUUGGCCAACCUUAUCAUGUACGAUGUCAAGAUCGAGCUAUCCGAUGACCCGGUAAAAGCAGCAAGAAUCAAGAGAAUGACAUCGUUUUAUGUCAUGCAGGACGGGAGGUUUUACAAAAGGUCUUUCGGAGGACCCCUUCUACUUUGUUUAUUCUCGACCGAUGCUGAGAAAUGGGUGGAGGUCGAGCCAUUAGCCACUAUCACCGAGUAUCAAUGCAGAAAAUUCCUUUGGAAGAAUAUAAGUUGUCGAUUUGGCAUACCCGAGCAUUUGAUAAGUGAUAACGGUCGGCAAUUUGAUUGUCGGCCCUUUGCUGAGUUCUGCACGCAGUUCGGAAUCAGGCACACCAGGGUAUCUGUAGCCUAUACUCAGACCAAUGGACAAGUGGAGAAUGUUAAUCGGACCAUCGUGGAUGGGAUACGAAAAAAGUUGAGUGAUCUCAAAGGGAGUUGGGUAAGCAAGCUAGAGCGAGUGUUAUGGGCUUACCGCACAAGUUCGAGAAGGGCAACUGGUGAAACCCCUUUUUCUCUAACAUAUGGGUUUGAGGCCAAGGUGCCAAUUGAAUUACUCAAGCCUAGUGACCGAGUCAUGCGGUACACUAAUGAAGCGAACGAGGAGAGUCUAAUGAUAGAGAAAAACUUCUUGGAGGAGAAAAGAGAGGUAGCAACUCGUUGCCAGAUGGCCAAGUACCAAAGGUCGGUAAAAAGAUAUCAUGAUAAAUGUACCAAGCCCCACUACUUCCUUGAAGGGGAUUUGGUACUCAGAAGCCGGACUGCUAGUCAACCCAACGAAGGAGGAAUGUUUGCAAAGAAGUGGGAAGGGCCUUACCGUAUAGUUGCAGUGGUUGAGCUAGGGAUAUACCGACUAGAAACAAUGAAUGAUCGGCAAGUUGAGAGGCUCUAG